CUGGAUGUCGUCGCAACUGCGGUCCCGGUACCCACUGCGAUCGCGGUCGAUCAGCGUCCCGAUUGGUGGCAGGAAGGCGAGAGCAAGCAUUACCGCGGUGAUUUUCCACUGGUAGCCACCAGUAACCCCGGUUUCUGGGACGUUCACUACGGCGGUUCCAUGAACACCGUGCUGAUCCCUUCCGGCCCGCGGUUCAACCAGCUACUGGAAUAUAACCCCAUCAAUCCUGGCGAGAUUAUCGGCGACUUGGCCGUGAGUUGGGAGUCCUACGAGGACGGCGGCGAGUUCGGGUAUAUCUUCAACCUGCACCCCGACGCCAACUUCUCCGAUGGACAGCCAGUCACCGCCGCUGACGUGGCUUUCUCCAUCGACCGAAUCACUUUGGGACAGGUCGAGGAAGGCGUCCUUCGCGCCCGCACAGGGUUCCUCAACAACUUCGUGGUGUACGGUACCGCCGAAGCAAUCGACGACAAGACCGUGAAGAUCCCUCUGCGUUUCCCGGCCGCGGGCUUCCUCCCGAACUUGGCCUCCGACUACAUGAAGGUGUACCCCAAGCAUGUGGCCGAGAACUUGACACAGGAACAGGCCAACACGGGCAAGACCCAGGCCGAAGCCCUGACCGCCAUCAACGCGGGUUCGCCCGACAGCCUGAUCGGCUUGGCUAGUACGCUCCGCCCCUGUGCUCCACACACACAGGACGUUAGGGUAUUCCUUCGAUCGCAACCCCAAUUACUUCAAAGAAGGCCGGCCGUUCUUUGA